CUCUGUAAGUUUUGAAGGCUCGCAUUUCUGUAGUCACCUGUUCAAUUUCCUCCAUGGAUCACUUUUCCGUCUUCCCCGGCGGCGAUGGAGCGUCGGAACGGUCUGAUUCUGAGGAGGAACAUGACGACGGCGGUUCGGUUUCUAAUAUCUCCAAUCCGAGUACUAGUUGGAGCUUUGGUGGCCUCAUUAAGACUAUCGCGACCAAGUCGGAAUCUGUAAUUUCGAACUACCGCCGUGAUCUUGAGGAAUUAGGAUCCGGUUUGAGGAAGGAGACGUCGGUGAUCCGCGAAGUCGCAUCGCGUGCUGUGAAGGACCUUCCGACGACGCUUGAUGUCGGCGCGUCUGUUGUGCAGGAGUCGCUGGAGUCAGUCGGCGAAGCUAUAGACGAUAUCGGAAGCGCCGUCUGGAAAUCGACGUCGAAGAUUAUCUCACAUGGUAGGGAAACGUUUUUAGCUUCUGAUCUUGUUUCUGAAAAGCAUGAAAAUAGCAGCGAUGUUGUUUUUUCGUUCAAGCAAUUAGGAAGUAGCACGGCUAGAAAACUCGAAUUCAAACAGUAUAAUAGGUUCAAUACGCAAUUGAUUGCGAUUCAGCGUGACCUAAAUACAUAUUUGGAGGAACCUAAGGAUUUAGAGAAUUACAAGAAUUGGAAAUUAGGUUUCGUAUUGGAAAACAAGGAAGAAGAAAUUGAUGAUCUGGUUAAAGAGAGUGAUGAUGUUCGGGAGACAUAUCGGACGGUUGUUCCAAGCACAAUCGUCCAUGAGGUGUUUUGGAGUAGGUAUUUUUACAGGCUUCACAAGCUAAAGCAAGCAGAAGAAGCCAGAGUUAAGCUUGUGAAGAGAGCCAUUUGUGCAGAAGAUGAGGAAGAUUUGAGUNUGUGGGAAGAAAGUUAAUGAAGCAGUAUGAUGUAGAUAGAGGUAAAGGAAGGAAAUAUUGAAUUGCAGUCGAAGAGUGGUGAAUCCAGUGGAGCUCUGAGUACUGAGAAGAGAGAUAGUAACAGUUCAGAGAGUGCCAAACCAGGAAAUAGUGGUGAUUCCUGCAAAGACUGUGACAUUUCAAUCAUUUCCAGUCAGCUUGGGGAAGAAGAAGAACUUGGAUGGGACGAAAUUGAAGACAUUGGAAUCAUUGAGGAGGCCAGAGGCAACAAUGAACAAAGAAUUGGUUUGCACAAGCGGCUAAUUAUGGCAGAGGAAGAGGAGGAUCUGAGUUGGGAAAUUGAGGAUGAAGAUGAACCUGCUAAACCGUGAAGAAACAACACACUUUUAUUCAACUUCCAGUUCAUAGAAUCCAUGAUUUUAUCACAUUCACUUGGAAGUUGACAAUUUCUCUUGCAUCGAACAGUGGGUGUCAUCUGUUUGCAUCAGCUGAGGUAUUGGGUAUCUUGAAAACUAAUGUAGAUUUGUACGAUCAAACAAAAACGUUUACAAAAGAAAUGGUAGCUUUGUUCAGAUAUAGAUUGUAAGUAAAGAGACAAAUGGAUGGGAGGAAAGGGAGAGGUUGUAAAAUUGGUUAACAAUCCAUACAAAGAAGGUUUUGUAAGUUAUAAACUUAUUGGUUAAGUAUUCUUAAUCUUUUCUAAAAUAGGGUUGGGAUGAAUUCUAACAUUAUUUUCGGGUUAAUUGAGUGGUAAAAAAAAAUGUAAAUUUACAAACCAACUUUUUGGUUUUCAUUGAUGACCAAAUGUACCCACCAGAUUUUCAUCCGAAGAAGAGUGGCUAUGGCGGCUGAAAUCGCUUUCCCACUCUGGAGAUUCCCAACCCAGAUGAAGAUGAGCUCAAUGAGAAGAAGAGUUAAGUUUCAGAGCGAUAAGAAUCCGUAGGGGUUUGUAAAUGGAGGAACCGCUUGCGCCAUUGCUCGAACAUUUCAGAGUGGGUCGGUGGAUGGGCAGUGGCAGUCUGGCAGAGAUGACGACAAAGACGACGAAGAUGCUAUAAUCAACCACCGUUGUUCAUGAUUGACACUCUUUUAGCCCUUGGAUCAAGACGGCAACCAGAUCGCUACGGUGUCUGAGCCUAUUUCGGAGUGUCGCAAUUAAUUGUUGGCCUAGCGCAUGGUCAAGCCCUAAGGGGCGAAGGUUGAAGAAGGUAAGGAGUGUAGCCGGACGGAGAUGGAGACAAAUCGGCCGUUAACGGCGCGACCUUGGGUCAAAAUCUAAGCAUAAGAAAUCUCCGGGAUUUUAGUACGUUGAAAAGAGAGAAUUGGGUCGGAGGUACGGUGUCUUUGCAAUCUCGUAACUCUCUGGUUCUCUCCAUUGAUGGACAAGCUUUUGGGCGCUAACUUGACACAUCUCACCAGG